UAUAUUUUCUCUCACUCGUCUCUGAAAUAAAACCCUCUCCGAAAUUUUCUCUCUCUAAAUCGGAGCAAACCAAUCAGCCAUGGCCGCCGCACCGACUCUCCCGAUCUCCAACUCCUCCUCCGAAUCCCAGCCCCCCAUCGCCACUCCCGCGUUCCGCGCCUUCCUUGCCCGCCUCAGCACCUCCGUCCGCAGCGGCCUCGCUCAGCGCCGCCCCUGGCUGGAGCUCGUCGACCGAUCCGCCUUCAACCGCCCCGACACCAUCGCCGAGGCCGCCUCCCGCAUCCGCAAAAACUUCAACUACUUCCGCGUCAACUACAUUUCUCUCAUCUCCCUCUCCCUCGCCUUCUCGCUCCUCUCUCAUCCUUUCUCUCUCCUCGUCCUGCUCUCGCUCCUCGCCGCCUGGCUCUUCCUCUACCUCUUCCGCCCCUCCGACCAGCCGCUGGUGGUCGGCGGCCGCACCUUCUCCGAUCGCGAGGUGUUAGGGAUCCUCGUGGUGUCUACCAUAGUUGUGGUGUUCCUCACCAGCGUUGGAUCGGUGCUCAUAUCCGCCUUGCUGGUUGGCCUCGCCGUGGUCUGCACGCACGGCGCGUUCCGUAUGCCUGAGGAUCUGUUUUUGGAUGAGCAGGAGCCGAUUAGCACGGGAUUCAUGUCGUUUCUAGGUGGCGCCGCCUCAUCCGCGGCUGUGCCAGCUGCUGCCGCGCGCGUGUGAUUGGAUCUGACCGGAUCUGAUCUGUAGUAUUACUCGAUCCAGAAGGUACGCGAUUGUAGUUAGGGUGCUCGAAUUCAAUUGGAUUUUGGUUCGCCUGAAUUGUAUUAUUUGCCCCCUCAAUAGCCCUAGAGGAUUUAUGCUCUAUUUUGGAUUUUAUUUUUUUAUUUUCUCUUUAUACAAGAUCUAAAUUGUAAGAUAACAUUCUUCAGUCUCCUGCAAAAUUGAUGCCGUUUCUGUGUA